GUUAAUUACGCAGGAGAGUUUGUUUGCCUGCGAAUUAUUCUUCCAAACUGCCUCUGUCUGCUUCAUACUUCGUACUUCCUACCUACAGUAAAGUAUAAAGAGACAAGAUCGGAAAAUGGUGAUGUGUGUUUUUGGGUAUGGGUCCUUGAUAUGGAAAGCAGGCUUUAACUAUGAUGAUCGCCUUGUUGGUUUCAUCAAAGGCUAUCGCCGUGUCUUCUAUCAAGGCAGCACUGAUCAUAGAGGGACUCCUGAGUAUCCUGGAAGAACUGUCACUUUAUUACCUGCUGAUGGAGAAGUCUGUUGGGGAGUUGCAUAUAAGAUCUCGGAUAAGGAAGAUGAGGAAACUGCACUAACGUAUCUGGAAGUGAGGGAGAAGCAGUAUGAUCAGAAGGCUUAUCUUGAUUUCUUCGCUGAUCCUGCAGCUACAACUCCAGCUGUUUCAAGAGUUAUGGUAUACAUAGGAUCGGAAGACAAGAAGCAUAAUAAAAAUUACUUGGGGCCUGCACCUCUUGAAGACAUUGCCAAACAAAUCAUCCGUGCAGAAGGCCCUUCAGGACCCAAUAGAGACUACCUUUUCCAUCUUGAGACGGCCCUUCUUCAAAUUGGAUGCAAGGACAAGCAUGUAAUGGAUCUUGCAAAUGAAGUGAGGCGCAUGCUUUCAGAUGAGCAAAAAGAGCCGACUUCGUAAUGCUUCUGUAGGCAUAAAGAUUCUUCAUAUUCCUUGAACAGGCGCAAUCAUGGAAAUUGUUUGCAGUUCAAGAUACAUUGCUGGAACAGCAGUCAUCUAAAAUCCAUUUUAUCUUGAUUUGAAACAAAGAUCAAGAGUCACCCAGGCUGACAUUAGAUAGCUUUUUAGUACGCUAGGAUUUGCAUCAGAAGAUGCCACUUAAUUACUGCUAUGGGGCUUAAUGUUUUUUGUAUCUUUGAAAUGUAAUUCGCAUUUAUAUAAACACCCAUCUGCAGAAACAUUCACAACUGUGGCUCUGGAAUCUAAUAAAAAGACCUUUUGAAGUGUUUGGUCGAGUAAA